GUUAGUUGUCUUGCGUUGAGAAACUGUGUGCAGGAAACGCCAGCCAUAGAAGAGAUCACGCUUUUUAACACGGUGGCACGGUACAAACAACGGAAAAUGUGCAACGCGUUAUAUUAUUAAUGUUCGGAAACGGCCGCUCUCUUCGGAUUCUUACCAGGACCUUCGGAGACGACCCUCGAAAGCGUUUCCGCCGAGGGAUUUGACAACUCCCACCCUCGAAAGAGCUGCCUUUCUGCGGUCUGAAAACAUCGGGUCGGCCAGCGGGUGGGUAGAGGAUUCGUGGAGAGGGGCUGUCUGUUUUCCGAAGCCAUGAGGGAGUAUAAAGUGGUCGUGUUGGGCUCGGGCGGCGUGGGUAAAUCUGCAUUGACUGUCCAGUUUGUGACGGGAUCCUUCAUUGAGAAAUACGACCCCACAAUAGAGGAUUUUUACCGAAAGGAGAUCGAGGUGGACUCGUCUCCCUCUGUUCUGGAGAUACUGGACACGGCGGGGACCGAACAGUUCGCCUCCAUGCGAGACCUGUACAUCAAAAACGGGCAGGGGUUUAUUUUGGUCUACAGUCUGGUCAACCAGCAGAGCUUCCAAGACAUCAAGGCGUUGAGGGAUCAAAUCAUCCGAGUGAAAAGAUACGAGCGAGUGCCCAUGGUAUUGGUUGGAAAUAAAGUGGACUUGGAAGGCGAGAGAGAGGUCUCUUCCGGGGAAGGCAAGGUGCUGGCUCAGGAGUGGAAUUGCCCGUUUAUGGAAACUUCUGCCAAAAAUAAAGGCUUGGUCGACGAAUUGUUCGCAGAAAUCGUGAGACAGAUGAACUAUUCCUCUUUACCCAGCGGUGGAGAUCGCUGUUGUUCUUGUGUUCUUUUCUAAGAAAACAUCUUUAAGUUUGCAACUGUGAUUGUUAUCUAGCUAAGUAAAACUCAUUAAAAAAACAAGGCCUGUUUUGAUAACCUGUUGAUAACAAAAUUAUACGGCCUCUUUUUGAUAAUGCGACCGUCAGUAUUAUUGGACAGUUAUUUGCACACAACAAUCGACGAUGACAACAAUUUAUAUUGAAAUAGCCUAAAAAGUGUUUACAUGACAAAGUACUUGAAUGUUUGAGAUUUAAAAAAAAAAAUAUCACACAGCUUUGUAAUUGACACUUUUUCUGGAAACGUGCCUAACUGGGAAUGUCUUAUUGUAAAACCUAAGAGACGCUUUUUGUUCUGGAACUUUGGUGGGGUUUGAUUACUGUUGAGUUGUACUUUUUCAUGGUUUCUGGGCGGGUCCUUCUGGCCUGGAGAGGGAUUAGAGGAUUAGUCCCUUUGGUGAACAGGGAUUGGUCACUUUUUGUGUGGAUUCUGAUGGGCUCAAGGACCCCCCUUCCUCCUCCAUGCAAAAGCUCAUGUUUGGAUUUUUAGUGUCAAAUAAACCCCAAACUCUGUGAAUAUGCACUGGUCACUGGAACUAGUUUAAACCUGAGCAACUAAUUUAAAAUGACUAAACAUAACACAUAGUCUAAACAUCAAGAAAUUGUGUUUUACCUGCAGAAAAAGUCCUACCAAGAUGUGUUGUCAGGCCAUGCAUGGAGUGUUGUGGGUUGCUGUUUUUUGUGUUUUUUCUUCAGGAUUUGGUAACGUUGGAUUUAACUUCCCCUGCCCAUCUCACUCUUCAAUGUGCACAAACAAGGUCCUUACUGAUGUGACAUGGGGGGGGAACAGAACCCCAUGUCAAGUGCCUUCCUAAGAAAUACACCUGUGUCUGUAUGUGCCAAACAAGGAGCCCUACAAUCACAACAGUACUUUACCGUUUAAUUUUCAUUUCAGUUGGGCUCAUAGUGAAAGAGGCUUACUUCCGGGUUGUUCCGUUUGAUUUCAAUCACUUUUUGACCUCACUCCUUUUUGAUUAGAACUCAAUUUUACGUGCACAUUUGCCCAUGGAAGAGGUGGUCAGAAAGUGACAUUUUGGAACUGAAAGCCAAAAGAUUCAGGAGAUAGAGGUGCUCAAAGUUGACCAGUUUAGCAUAACCCAACAUACCAUCAGACAUCAUUUCUUCAUCACUGGGAAAUACAAAUGGUUGAGUUUGAUGUAAUUUAAAAGCUUAACAGGCUUGUCAAACUAUUAAAAAAACUAAAACAUUUUAAUGUCAAUUAUCUAAAACUUGUAAACUCCAAUUUACAUAUUCUGAGGUAUAUGUGUUGUGCCCGCCAUCAGUUGAGACACAGCAUACUCUUAAAUACAGGUUGGGUGCCAUUUGAAUCUUUAGAAAUAGUUCCAUUCUGUGAAUUAUAUCCAUUCAGACCAGUGGAAUUUAGCUGGUGGUACACCAUUGAAAUGAACAUUUUUACUUUCACAAAGAUGGCCACCGGUCCACUCACCGUUGAAUGUCAACUUAAAUGGGAAUGUCUAUUAUGUAUAUUUCUAUGAUUUCAAUAGGUGUCACAUGGACUAUUGACAGUGUAAUUUCAAACAACUGAUAUUCUAAUUCAUGUCAACAUUUUUUGAUAUGUGGACAAAUCAUCUUUGUGGUACCAUUUGAAAGCUGAAAUUUCUGUUAUUCCCAUUUUAAUAUAUUUAGCCAAAACAUAACACCCACCCUGUAUUCAAGAGCAUGCUGUGUCUCAACCAAUGGCAGGCACAAUACAAACACCUCACAUUAUGUAAAAUAGGGUCUAUGCUAGUACAAAGGACACUGCCCUGUGUAGGGUGCCGUCUUUCGGAUGGGACGUUAAACGGGUGUCCUGACUCUGAGGUCAUUAAAGAUCCCAUGGCACUUAUCGUAAGAGGAGGGGUGUUAACUCCGGUGUCCUGGCUAAAAUUAAUAAUCUGGCCCUCAAACCAUCACGGUCACUUAAUAAUCCCCAGUUUACAAUUGGCUCAUUCAUAAAAUAAAUAAAAUAUUUUUAAAAAUGCGAAAAAUGAAAAAGUUGAAGUUGAUGUGUUUUUAGAUAAUUGAAGUUCAAAUAUUUUUUUUGAAAGACAGAAAUGAUUAAAUAGUUUGACAACGCUGUUUGUAAGAUUUAAAAUGUUGUUAAACCCAGCUGUUUAUAUUUUCCAGUGAUGAAGACAUGUUCAAAUCAAAAAGGUGUACAGUCAAAAAGUGAUUUGAAAUAAAAUGUAAUGGCCCUUUUUGUCUUUUUCAAUGAGGAAGUUGAGGUGUAGAUGGAAUAACAGUUAUUUCAGUGCAAAGUUUGAGCUCUGUUUUCCCCACUGGUAUUCCUUCACUGAGAGUAUGAGCCCAAACAGCUUUAUGUUGUGGGUUCAGCAAAAAGUAAGCCAUGUUUGUUUUUAUCUUACAAAUAGUUUCUUUCUGAAAUGUGAAUUCCUGAUUUCAAUUGUUAUUUUGACCCCAGACAAGCCUUUUACCACCCACUUGUCUGGGUUGAACAACUUUUAAUACAAAAGGCAUUUUAUGUAAA